AUGAAUGGAUAAAUUUCAUCUUCUGAAUCAGAAGAAACAUCUUAUAUACACACUGAAUAAGAACGAAUUCUCAAGAGUUCUAAUAUUUUUAAGUAAAAAGAAUAAUGUAAUAAUAUUUGUGCAAAACAUCCAAACAAAAAAGUAAAAAAAUAUUUUUAAAUCAGGCUAAAUAUUAUGUUUAAUAUGAUAAUAGCAAGUUAUUUUGUUCAAAAUGCGCUUUAAAUUUAGCUCUAUAAGGUUUAAAAAUAGAGGAAACAGAAGGGAAAUAGCCUGAGAUAUAUAGAUAAUAAAGAAUAUAUUAAUUUUAAGAUUAGUUAAUACAAGUUCUAUAAUAAUGUUCUAAUAAGUUGAAUUAGUUAAAAAAUAUAGAAUUGAAUGCUUCUAAGCAAUUAAAAGAAUAAAAAGAAAAUUGUCAUAUAUUCUUUGAAUCAGUUAUUAAUACAGCUAAUUAAUUGAAACUAACUUAUUUGUCAAAAUUUGAAACUGAUCACAUAAGUUAUUUGAAUUAAAUUACGUAAAAAAUAAGUCUCAUUGGAUAAAUUGAUACUUAGUUGAAACAAUAUGAAAUUGAUAUAACUAAAAAUCAUGAGAAUAUAGUGAAAAAAAUGGAAAUGAAACCAUUUGAAGAUAUAAUGAAUAGAUAUGAAUAAAAAGUAUCAUAAAUAAAAGAAUAACUUCAAGAAUUCAAUUAACAAUACAUUUAAACAUCAAUUAAAUUUGAACAAAACUAAAUCUUAGCUGACAUGAAUAAAAUGUGUUAUAAUUUGUUAUUAAAAAGUGAAGAUUGUUCUGAAUAAACUCUAAGGAAAAAUAAACACGAAAAUAGUCCAAAUAUACUCUAAAAAACGACAAACUCACCUACAUAUAUGAAGGUUUUUGAAUUAUUGGAAGGGGAGGAUAUUUAUUAAAGUACUUGUUCAAAUCCAAUUAAAGAUCAUAAUUAAUCUCCAAUCAAAAUAUCCACUCAAUAAUUUUAAUAAUAGUAAAAGUAAAAGGGGAAUUAAUAUUCAAAUCCAGGAUCAACUGUAUAAAAUUCUAGAAGAGAGAGUAAUACUAAUACACCUGAAAGCUGGAAAUUUAAGGCAUGUUUAGAAAGAAAAAAUCCUCAAGUAACUCCAAAUGACAGAGAAAGUUUUAAACGUAACAUAAGUGUAAGCGAAUAAGCGAGUAAUUAUUUAUGUGUGAAUAAUUAAUUUGAAUUAAAUGAAAAAUAAUUAAUCCAAUAAAAUGAAAAAUAAUUAAUCCAAUAAAAUGAAAAGUAAAAAACAUAUAUUGACGAAAAUAUAUAAGAAGAAAAAAUUUAUUAAUAAAAUAUUAAUUAAUUCUAUAUCUAAAAAUAAACAAAAGAUACUGAUAGAAAAAGUUUUGAAGAUCGAGAAUAUACACCUAAACAUCAAAAAAACUUAACGAAUGUUAUACCAUAAACUUUUAAGUUAUUUGCCAAUCAUGCUAAUCAAAAAUGUAAAUAUUAUAAUUUAUUUAAAGCUUAAUAUUAAUAUCCUUUAGUAAAUAAUAAUUUAUUAGAAUAAAAAAGUUAAAAGGAAUUUUCAAAAACCAAUUAUGAUUCGUAACCAUAAUAAAAAUCUCUAACUCCUCUUCAUUAGGAACCUUAAUCAAGGAUAAUUAAUUAAUAGAAUCAAAAAUAGGAUAAUCUUCAUCUUAAUCGUAAAUCGAAGUCAAAAUAACCUAAAUAACCUUCAUUAGACUAAAUAGAUGGAAAAAGAUAAUUUAUACUUGCUAAUAUGAAUGUUUAAUAAUACACUUCUUAACCUAUUCAAAAUUCUAAUGGAGAAGACACAUUAAAAGAAAGAAUUCUUAAAGAAUUAUGUACUUAUCCUGGAGAAUCUGUUUACAAUCAAGUCUUAAAAUUGAAUUGUUAAUAAAAAAUGAAAAAUUAGAAAUACAUUUAAAAGGAAAACUUUGAACAAUCAACUACUGUAAGAAUGAAAAAUAAUAAUGGAUACUUAUGUCUUAAAAAAUAAUCCUAUUAAUAAUGA